AUGGAUAGACGCACCCCCUAUACCCUGAGCGUUCUCGAAUCCAGCACCAAUGGUGCGGAGGACUCGCGCUCCUUCACUCAAGCUCGUCUGCGUGAUUUUGUUUUGCAAUUCCAGCUCGAUAAUGCAUUCAUUUACCGCGAUCAACUACGACACAAUGUGCUAGGCAAAAACUUCUAUUGCGACAUCGAUAUUGCCCAUCUCAUUUCCUACAAUGAAGAUUUGGCGCACAAGCUUACGUCUGAGCCUGCGGAUAUCAUUCCUCUGUUCGAAGCCGCACUUCAGGAAUGCACCAAGCGAAUUGUCUUCCCUGGCCAACAGGACCUCACUCUCCCCUCUCACCAAUUGCUCCUUCACUCUUCUGCAACCCACAUUUCUAUCCGUGACCUCAAUGCUACCAACGUUUCUCAUCUCGUCCGAAUCCCCGGUAUCGUGAUCGGUGCUUCGACUAUCUCAUCAAAGGCGACUACGGUGCACAUUCGCUGCAAGAACUGCGACCAUAGCGAAAAUAUCACCGUUGAUGGUGGUUUCUCUGGCCUGUCCCUUCCUCGGCAGUGCGGUCGCGCAAAGGUACCGGGCGACCAACCAGAUGAGAAAUGUCCGCUCGACCCGUACGUCGUUCACCACGAGAAGUGCCAGUUUGUGGACCAGCAGGUUCUCAAGCUUCAGGAAGCUCCCGACCAAGUGCCGGUUGGUGAACUGCCCCGUCAUGUCCUGAUCUCUGCCGACCGAUACUUGGCCAACCGCGUUGUUCCUGGUUCUCGAUGCACAGUGAUGGGUAUCUUCUCCAUCUACCAAGCCAAGGGUGGUAAGAAGGAGGCUGCAGUGGCUAUUCGCAACCCUUACUUGCGAGCUGUGGGUAUCAACACCGACGUGGAUCAGACUGCCAAGGGCAAUGCUGUCUUCAGUGAAGAGGAGGAGCAAGAGUUCUUAGAGCUCAGCCGCCGGCCGGAUCUUUACGAUGCUCUUGCCCGGAGUAUCGCGCCAUCUAUCUACGGCAAUGUCGAUAUCAAAAAGGCCAUCGUUUGUUUGCUGAUGGGUGGUUCCAAGAAGAUUCUUCCCGAUGGAAUGAAGCUUCGUGGUGACAUUAACGUGCUCAUGCUUGGUGACCCCGGUACUGCCAAGUCCCAGCUGUUGAAGUUUGUUGAAAAGGCCGCGCCCAUCGCCAUCUACACCUCCGGAAAGGGUUCCUCGGCCGCUGGUUUGACGGCCUCGGUCCAGCGAGACCACACCACCCGUGAAUUCUACCUGGAAGGUGGUGCGAUGGUUCUUGCCGAUGGCGGUGUGGUGUGUAUUGACGAGUUUGACAAGAUGCGCGACGAGGACCGAGUGGCUAUUCACGAAGCCAUGGAACAGCAGACCAUCUCUAUUGCCAAGGCCGGUAUCACGACGAUUCUGAACUCUCGUACGUCAGUUCUUGCUGCGGCCAACCCGAUCUUUGGUCGCUACGAUGAUCUCAAGACUCCCGGUGAGAAUAUCGACUUCCAGACGACCAUUCUGUCUCGUUUCGAUAUGAUCUUCAUCGUUCGUGACGACCACGAGCGUGGCCGGGAUGAGAGAAUUGCCCGCCACGUCAUGGGUGUGCAUAUGGGUGGCCGCGGUAUUGAGGAGCAGGUCGAGGCUGAGAUUCCGGUCGAGCAGAUGAAGCGUUAUAUCAGCUACUGUCGCAGCCGCUGUGCUCCUCGUCUCUCACCAGAAGCUGCUGAGAAGCUCUCAUCACACUUCGUGUCCAUCCGCAAGCAAGUGCACCGCGCUGAGCUAGAGUCCAACACCCGAUCCUCCAUCCCCAUCACCGUCCGUCAGCUUGAGGCUAUCGUCCGUAUCACCGAGUCUCUCGCCAAACUCUCCCUCUCUCCCAUUGCCACGGAAGCCCACGUCGACGAGGCCAUCCGCCUCUUCCUGGCAUCCACCAUGGACGCUGUCACCCAAGGCGAGGGCCAGGGUAGCAAGGAACUCAUGGAGGAGGCCACCAAGAUCGAGGACGAGCUGAAGCGUCGCCUGCCAUUGGGCUGGAGCACUAGUCUGGCAACCCUGCGCCGCGAGUUCGUCGACGGCAAGGGGUACACCGAGCAAGCGCUUAAUCGGGCGCUGGUCGUACUGCAGCGGCGGGAGACGGUGCAGAUCCGGUCCGGCGGCUCGCAGAUCUACCGCAACAGGCCCUAA